AUGAUGCAGAAUCUUCACAACCUGCUCAACUUGGUCUUUCUCGAAUUCACGGGAGAAGAAGGAGAAGAAGAAAAAGAAGAAGAAGAGGAGGAGGAGGAGGAGGAAGAAGAAGAAGAAGAAGAAGAAGAAGAAGAAGAAGAAGAAGAAGAAGAAGAAGAAAAUGAUUACCAGUUUCCCCCCUUGAUGUUUUCGUCAGGUGAAGUUCCAACGAAGAAAUGA